GUAACCUAAAUAUGUUGUUAAUAGACGCUAAAACCGAAAAACUUUAGUGGCUGUUAUCUGUGUGUGUGUGUGUGUCUUAGUUCCUGAACUUAUUCUCUCCCACUGGCCCAAUAUGGGAGCACUUGCGUGCGAUCUUCCCAGCUAGCGCCUCCCUUCUGUUUCACAUUACUUGAACACACACGCGGGCGCUUGGUAUUGUUCCCAGAAACGAAUGGCACAAGCUCCAGCAUGUGUGCACGUUGAAGGUGUGCAUGUCUGCGCGUGUCCAUUCUUGGCACUGAGCUCACGUCUCACGGGCCAGGAAUGAGUAAUGCCACUCAAGCUGUUAUACAGCCGCCGCGUAUCACUAAUCCACAUUACACACACGCCUGUGAGGUGAGAAGGAGUGUAAAUUUACGCACGCUUCCGGCACGCCAGUCAUUACCACCGCUGCAGGAGUGAUUAUUGGAAAUGAUGCGUCGAGUGGACAGAUAUAUAUAUACACAUAUGUGGCUGCGCACCCUGACCCACGUGUGUGGCAGAGGGAGCUUUCUCUUCUUUUCAGUCUUCUGAUUUUACGCUUUCUCGAUGGACGUUAUAUGUCGUCAGUGUCGAGGAUGUGCGAUUAUACGCCCCGUUGCAGUCAGUAUGCCAAUUUCGGGGGCAACCGGACGUACCAGGGAGCACGUGACCCCGGAGAUGAACAAGCUUCGUCAGAGCCUGAGAAGGAAGAAGCCCACCUAUGUACCCGAGGCCAGCAGACCGCAUCAGUGGCAGGCAGACGAGGAGGCUGUACGCAAGGGAAAAUGCAACUUCUCUGUACGGUACCUGGGCUUGGUGGAGGUGGAGGAGUCUCGAGGGAUGCAUGUGUGCGAGGAGGCGGUGAAAAAGCUUAAAAUUAGCGGGAAAAAGACAGUGAAGGCAGUAUUGUGGGUUUCAGCUGAUGGCCUCAGGGUGGUCGAUGAUAAAACAAAGGACCUGAUUGUGGACCAGACCAUAGAGAAAGUCUCCUUCUGUGCCCCGGAUAGAAACUACGACAAGGCAUUCUCCUACAUCUGCAGAGAUGGCACCACCAGACGUUGGAUGUGCCAUUGCUUCAUGGCUCUCAAAGACUCGGGGGAGAGACUGAGCCACGCGGUGGGCUGCGCCUUUGCCGCCUGUUUGGAGAGGAAACAGCGGCGAGAGAAGGAGUGUGGCGUGACGGCAUCUUUUGACGCCACCCGCACAUCCUUCGUACGCGAGGGUUCCUUCCGCACCAACUCUGCCUGCAGUCAACACGGCAGCGGUAGUGAACGAGAUGACAAGUUGCAGGAAAAGAACAAAGACCAGCCCUCUGUUCAUGCAGCCCUCCCACCCGGUACUGCCUCCCCACCCGAGGGCGCAGCAGAACCCGGCGGGCCCCAUGCCAUCCCCCGCCGCCAUGCACCCAUCGAGCAACUGGUGCGUCAAGGCUCAUUCCGGGGAUUUCCAGCUCUGAGUCAGAAGAACUCUCCCUUUAAGAGACAGCUGUCACUUCGCCUCAAUGACCUGCCAUCCACACUGCAACGCAAGACCGACUUCGAAGCCAAGAACUCCGUACUAGAGGUGGACAUGAGUUUGUCUGGUGAGGGAGACAUUAAUGACCUGUGUAGCCAGAUCAACACCUCCUUCACAAAGCCAUCCGAGGACCCUUUCUCCAACCCUUGCCCAACUGCGAGCGGUCAGCCUAACUGCGUCGUGCUUCCGGUCCUGCCUCCGCCCCCAGCGCCGAUGCAAGCGACGUCUUCUUGGGUUCAGCCAGAUCCUCCUCGCCACUCUCCUCCUCCUCCGCUGUCCGCGGUGAUGCAAAGUGGGCAUAAACGUACACCUUCCGAGGCGGAAAGAUGGCUGGAAGAAGUCUCGAAGGCAGUCAUGUCCCAGCAGACACCCCCGCCGGCUCCCACCAUCAUCCCCGCCAUUCCUGGCCCGCCGUCCGUAUCGAGCCAGCAGACAACAAGUCUGGCCCCGGUGUCCGCUCUUUCCGUGUCAAAACCGCUCCUCGCAGGCCCCUCUGCUAUCUCAGCUCAGGCGCCGAUGCCCCUUCCACCGAUGUCCAUAUCGUCGGUUCCCCUCAUACCCGGCCCUCCGAUUUCAAGCCCCCCGAUGUCUUUGCCUUCAAUGUCCAUUCCCACCAUGUCUGGUCCAAGUAUGUCAGGAGCCCCGAUGAUCCAGCCCUCACUGGCGGGGCCCCGAGGCUCCCUCCCGAGCAUUUUGCAGCCCUUUCCUUUGGCCUUCGACGCUACUUCGGCUCCCGUCGGGAUGUUCUCCAGCCAGCCCGUGCAACCGCCUUUUGUUCCCAUGCAAACCUACAUGCCAGGCUUGGCGAGCAGUAUGACCUACCCGAAUGUCAGCGUACCCGUCGUCGGAAUCACGCCGUCGCAAAUGGUGGCCAACGUCUUCUGCACGGCCGCCGGCUCAUCUGGCGCUGGAGGUGCCGUCGGCGGCGGAGGGUCGAAAGGCGUCACUCACCACCCUUACUCAGGAGUUCCCUCUGGGGGGUUUUCCACACCGUUCCCCGCCACCCCUCCUCUUUCAACAGCCACGAAUGGGCUCCCGUUGCACGGCGGCGCCUCGGCGGCCCUUCACAACGGCAACUCUAACAGCGGCGGCACUAGUAGCUGGCCGCCGGAAGGCAGCCAGCUGACUGCUCCCGUGACCGGUAAUUCCCAAGACGACGAGCGUUUUGAGGCCAAGUGGGCGGCCCUUGAGAGCACCAACACCAAACCGGCGGCGCAGGCACCCGGAAGCAAAAGUCCAGCAGGGGCAGCCAACCCAUUUUCGAACAACCUGCAGAAGACUUUUGAGAUUGAGCUCUAAGAUGAGGAGCAAAGUGGCACUCUGCAAGCCCUGCUCUCACAAAAGAAGAACGCUCGGUGCGAAAUUCAAGCAUCCCUGAUUUGAAUGGUAUAUGCAGGUCCUGAAACUCGAUGGCAGCCUCGCAUCCCAUAAAAGCUCUCUCAUGGAGUAUCUACACCAUAACGAUGUUACUUUCUUGAGGCUCCGGUGAGAACUGUGCAGAUUGUGCUGGGGCUGCCACUGGGAGCUUUCCACAUCUUGAAGUGAUGAUCUAAAUCCUGCCACAUCACCUGGUGUCGUCCGCCUCUUUCCCGCUUUCAUGUCUGCACUUCGGUUUUACUUUCUUUCCCGGCUUGCAAGUCCCUUGUCACUCAGCGACGCGCUCAGUGGUUGCUUUCUUUCAAAGGUGACACAGAUGCAUUCCAAUCCCAUUGACUGAUUUUGGCAGGAUUUGAUGUGGGGAGCAUUUCCUUGUGAGGAAUGGAAAUAAUUCUUGGUUUGACGAAUGUUCUUGUUAACGGCGGAAUUGAGAGAACUGAUUGGAGGUACGGUGGAUAUAAAAUGUGUCUACACAGCCCAACAAAACUUUUUCAACUAUUCAUAUGACCCAUGACCUCUCGAGACAACCCAAUUUAACAAAAAAAAAAUUUCAAGAAGGGAAGUAAAAAAAUACAUGAUUGAGAUAAUGUAGUUGAAUACAAACACGUGCCCAGUUAUGGGGCGUGCGCACACUUAGGGAACCACAUUGUCUGAGUUGUUCAUUAUUCCCCCCUCAUGGAUUUUUUUUUUUCAAUGGAGUUGUUUAGUUUGGAGGCGAAAAAAAUUUCUUUAUCUUGGUCUCAUUUUUACAUCACAAAAACCUGCCAUUUGAACAGGGGUGUGUAGACUUUUUAUAGCCACUACCUUGGAGGACUCACUGUUCAGUAGAAAUGAUUUAUUGCCAAAAUGAUUGUAUUUAUUGUACUUUUUUUUAAUGUUGACAAGUUAUAUUGACUUCCUCAAAUAGUUGAAGCGUUUCCUUCAAAUAUUUUUUAUCCCAUAUAUUUAUUUUUGCUGAAGAAAGACUCGUGAAACAAACAGGAGCACGUAGGUCGGUCAUCUAUUUAAUUGGGCAAAAAUAUGUGAAUCCGGGCAUGUUACAGGAAUCAAAUACCCAUGGACGAAACGUAUCAUGUGUCACCUCGCAAGUGUAGAUAGUGGCUCGAUGCUUUUGCUUUUUUUUCCAGACAAAUCAAUAGAACUUCACUUUAUCGCUGUUGGGACAUUUCUGGAGCUCAAAUGUUCCAAGGCACUGCAGAAUAUCCAACACAGAAACUUCACAGUCGCCGUCCACCUUUUCCGGAAUACUCAAGGAUGACGAAUAUGAUGCACUACCUUCCCAUAUUGACUGUCUUCAAAAAAUCCUGCAUCGAUUGUGUUCACCACAUCAGUCCGUUGCACUGCUUCGAAAAAGAAAAUCGGUGUGGCCGAUGAGGAUAGGAAUGUGUCAAAACGGAUAGCGGUAAAAAGAAGAAAGGAGGAGCCCGGAGGAAGGCUUUGCGACAAGCGAAGAGAACAGAGCAACACGGUUGAAUUAAAAGCAUGACAUGGAGAAAAGGAUAAAGGAACGAAUAUGAGAUGACAACGAGAUAAGAGAGGAGAAGAGUGUGUGAAAAUCUUGAGGACAAAAGACACUUUUGCCGCCUUGCCCGCAAAACGGAGCGUCUUGGCGCCUCCGUCUGCAAAUCUUGCUCCUCGCCUCUGCUCAAAUCUACAUUGCAAAGAAUCGUUUUCGGUGUUUAUUUUUUAAACUAGCUCAUUCCAUAUUUACAGUUUGAUCAGUAAGCUUAACCAAAUACGUGAAACUCCUUUUAUGUAAAAACUCAAAACGCCAGUUAGGUCAUCAAGGCUUGAAAAAAGUUUGGCACCGCGAAGAUCUAUUUUUAAUGGAGGACUUUUUUUUUUAGGUGCGCUAAAUCAGUGGGAAUUCAAUUGUAUGAAGAGUCACUGACGAUGUUCUGUGCCUGUUUUGGUCAGAUUAAUUUAUAAAGCAUUUUUUCAAUGAGGCAGUGAUGCAAUUUGAUAGGCUGCCUCGUCAAAAAAAAUCCUUUCAGAACGAGAAAGUUCCCAAUUAUCAGGUGCUUUGUUUUCUGACAAAUCUUAUUCUUCCCCCACCGAACAAAUUCAAAUAUACCAAACAAGAUCCUAUUUUAUCGUUCGCUGAAAAUAUAUUCUUUCACUGCACUUGUUUACACAACCUGAAAAUUUUAUGUAGGGUAAUUGCAACAAAGCAAACUCAACGACCUCAUGAACUUGAUUGUCAAACUAGUUUAGUGACGUAACAGAAAACAGUGGAGUUUAUUUUUAAUCUUUAUUUACAGAUUUUUUUUUGUAUUUAAACCUACAUAUUUGUAUUGUAAUUACAUUGUACAAAAGAUGAAUAAAGUAAUAUAACAC